UUUCCUUUUUGGGACUAUAUCAUGUUAACUUAUUUUUAUUUUUCUCUCAUGUUACUAUGACUGUCAAAAAGUGAGCUUGAAGUACUUUUAAAUGGCAUCAAGAAUUGAUUUUCAGGUUUCCAAAGAAUUGCCGUAAGGAGAAUAUAAGAUUUAUCUAAAAUGGCUUAGCAAACGAAGCAGGAAUUGCUAACCAGAUGAAGGAUGCGUCCAAAUAAUUUGUUAUUUGGAAACAAAGGUGUAAUGAUAGGCUGCAAUGAACACAUUGGAUGGGAUCAUCGACACUGUUUCGGCGGUGCAUCCUAUUCUUCCAUUGCUUAUGUUGAUGAAAUCUCAUGGUAAGUUUGUUAUGGUUGGUGCAACAGAAAAACCGGUGGAGUUGCCUUUGUUUCCUCUACUUAUGGGAAGGAAGCUAGUGGCUGGAAGUUGCAUAGGAGGGAUGAAAGAGACUCAAGAAAUGUUGGAUUUUGCGGCAAAGCAUAACAUAACACCAAAUAUUGAAGCUGUGCCAAUGUACUACGUGAACACAGCGUUGGAACGUCUUCUGAAAUCGGAUGUGAAAUAUCGUUUCGUGCUAGACAUUGGCAAUACAUUGAACAAGAAAUGA